AUGUCACUUUCACAGCCUCCCCGCACGCCCACGGGGUCGGCUUUCGCUGACAUGACUCCCAUCACUCAAACCUCUCUGCGAGAGUACGAUACUCAUGUCGAAGUGGUCUGUCGACUCAGACCUUUCAAUGAAGAAGAGGCUCAAAAAUACAACGGUGCAAGUCCUGUCGACAUCAUCGACAACCACAACUUGUGCAUUCACCACAAAGAUGCCCUGAAUGUGUUCACGUUCGACAGAGUUUGUGGAGAAACAACGAGUCAGGAGCAGAUGUACGAAUUGGUGGCAGCGAAGACGAUUGAGAAUACGUUCAAGGGUUUCAACGGCACGAUACUCGCAUAUGGCCAGACUGGUGCUGGCAAAACGCACACGAUGUUUGGCGGGUCCGACGCCCCUGGCAUUAUUCCUAGAAUUGGACAUGAUAUCUUCUCCCGUAUAGAUGGAGCGCUGCCUGAUAUUGAGUACACUGUGGAGGUUUCUUGCAUGGAAUUAUAUAUGGAGAAGAUUAAUGAUUUGCUUAAUCCCUCGGCUUCUGAGUUUGCCAUCCACGAGGAUAGGGCCAAUGGUGUGUACGUGAAAGGGUUAUCUCAUGCGUUUGUAUCAAGCGAGCUGGAGCUAGCUUACGUUGUGGAUUUGGGCAAUCUGCAUCGAACAUCUAUGUCCACUCAGAUGAACGCCGAUCUGUCCCGCUCCCACGUAAUCAUUCGAAUUGUUCUUACGCAGAAGUCUCUUGGCGGGGAAUUUACUAAAUCGAACCUAUUUCUUGUGGAUUUGGCGGGUUCAGAAAAAAUAGAUCGCACCGGGGCUACAGGGCAGGGCCUACAGGAGGCAAAGAAGAUCAACUUGUCUCUUUCUUGUCUAGGUCUUGUGAUCAAUUCACUUACCGAGCCCUCAUCAACACACAUCCCUUAUCGUGAUUCCAAGUUGACACGCAUUCUUCAAGAGUCGCUAGGAGGAAACUCAAGAACUACACUCAUUGUCAACAUUUCUCCCGUACCCUCAAGUGUCAACGAGACUAUCUCAACCCUACGGUUUGGGUCGAGAGCUAAGAAGAUAAAGAAUUCUGCUCACGUCAAUACCGAGCCAUCUGUCGAAUGGCUCAAGGCGAGAGUCAAGUCACUUGAGCAGGCUAACAAGACUCUAGAAGAGCAACUAGAAGCAUACAAUAGAUCAUCGGCUGUGAGUCCCAACGUGAGCCUCUUUAGUCCGCGAGGUUCCACAACGAUUUCUCUCGCAUCCGAUCGGCCUGGCGCCCUGAAUGAAGAACUUCAAAGAAAGAAUAGGAAAAUCGAGAGUCUUGAGAAGCAACUCUUGGACAUGAGAAUGAACCAGGUCAAGCAGCAACAUGAGGAAGACCUGAAGCUCUUCAAAUUAGAGACCGCUCUUCAUAGGCUCAAUGAUAAGCUCAGCGACGUGGAGCUCAUUAACGAAAACUUACGCAAGCAUCUUCUUAUAAGUGAGAAAAUCAUAGAGUCUCGAGACCACAAGAUCGAGAAGCUACGACGGCUUCUUAAUGAACAGCAGGCGUACGUUCAGCUGGAGAGCAUCCACUUUGAUAGCAAGCUACGAAAGUUACAGGAGAAGCUUGAAAAUCAGAAGCUUCUGGAGGGAAAACUUCUCGAUGACAGCGGAGCCAAUGUACUAGAGGAGCUAUAUAACUCUAGAAAGCUGGCUGAUGAAGCUAUCCACAAGAUCGAUACGUCCUCGCCUAAAGCAGUAGCCGGCGACAAGCAAGACGCACCUAAAUCUCCAAAGUUUGGCCUUAAUCUACGGAUUGUCAAGCCUGUUCGUGGAGGGGGCCACUUAUCUACAUAA